AUGUUCUUUGAUGGCACACUCCAAGAAGGCAUCGCCGCCGCCGUACAGCAGGCAAAGAUGGUUGUAAGCUUUGUUACCGAUGGCGGGGAGGAGAGCACCAAAUGGGAGGAGGAGUAUUUGGUAGACGAUUCUAUCAGGACCGUCCUAAGCACACAGGCCGUAGUACUUCGCCUACAGGCAGGCUCCGAGGAGGCCAAGUAUCUGGCAGCCAUAUUUCCUCUUCCAAAGACGCCAACGCUUGUCUUGAUUAGGAAUGGAGAACUUAAGGAAUACAUCGCAAGCGGUGUGUCCAGAGAUGAUUUCAUGGCAAGACUGCAAAAGGCUUUGGGAGUAGCACAGCCAACACCACCUGCGCCGGCUGUGGUUGCCAAUCCCGACGAGUCCUUGCCAGCUCAGUACGCGGCAGGGCAUCGCUCAACCGCUGGAGGCCUUAAUUCUGUGAACCAAAGUAGCAGUAGCACAUCAAACUCGGCCCAGGCCAAUGCGUCCAUACCUACUGGUCAUACCGCAUCCGGGAAUAGGACAUCAGAAACACAGCCUCAAUCCGCCGGGAUUGCAGCAUCGAAACAACCUGACAAGGGGAAAGGCAGAGCCCAGCCAGCGGCCGAGGACCCAUCUCCAGGCAAAGCCCAGGUCGAGGUACAGAAGGCUGCAGAGAUGAUCAAGAAGCGGAAGCAGGAGGCCAAUGAGGAUAGACGGCGCAUUCUGGAACGUAUCGAAUACGACAGGGCGGAGAGAAAGGCCCGGGAAGAGGAGCGCCGUGCUGAAAGGAGAGCCCUUCGGGAAGGCACCCCUACGGACACUGGUGCAGCUGCCUCAGCAACAGUCGACAUUCCAAAGACGCAAGCAAGCAGGACCGCCAGUGAGAUAUGCGCACUGCAGGUUCGAGAUUUUGACGGCUCGACUAUACGCACGAAACUACCCAGCGGUGGGACGCUAAGGAAAGAUGUCCGAGAAUGGGUUGAUUCCAACCGAAGCCCGAACGGUAGUGGGCCGUAUCGGUUCAAGCUCGUGCUGACUCCCCUGCCAAAUCGGACCAUUGACGAGACAGAAGAGGAUAAGACUCUGUUGGACUUGGAGUUGGCGCCAUCAGCGACGCUCAUUCUUGUCCCGGUCCCCCGUUUCUCUUCGGCGUAUGGGGGAGGCGGCGGCUACCGACGAGGUCACGGAGGGAUUGUUGACCGCAUCAAUGCGCUCUUUGUAGCGGUCAUGUCUAUAUUCAACGGCUUUUUUGGCAUGUUUGGUCGCCUCCUCACAGCGCCUGCCCAGAUCACGCAGGGUGAUGCCGGGAUAGAGAUGGACGAGCGAGAGCAGAGCCCAGCUCAGCCGCCGCAAGGGUCAAGUACUGGGCGCCGAAGUCCUCCUGGCGGUGCUCGGAAUCGGUCAGAAAACUCACGGGUCACGGGGUUCCGUAAUCCUGACGAUGACAGGCGAGACCAGCAGUUGUAUAAUGGGAAUUCGCUCAAUUUUGAGCCUAGGCCAGACGAUGAAUAA